AUGCAGCAGCAGAGAGCAGACUGUCCUGAACCCAGCAGUGUGUCCAUGAAGAGCGACCGAUCUAUGGGUCGUGGUAUUAAGUUUAAAGAUGGAUGGCCUACUAGCUCAGAGGUUCCCAGUGAUCAGUCUGCACAGCAGCAUCAAACACAGCUGGACUCCAUAUUUAUGCUGCUGGAGGAGAACAUCCUCACUUUUGUGAAGAACGAGCUGAAGAGAGUCCAGAGGGGUCUGAGUCCAGAUGACCCAGAAUGCUUAGAGAGUCAGAGUGAGGAUGAGGAGGUGUUGGACGGUGAGGAGGAAGAGCAGAGGAGGAGCAGCAGAGAGGCAUUUCUGAAGAUCACAGUGCACUUCCUGAGGAGAAUGAAGCAGGAGGAGCUGGCUGAGCGUCUGCAGAGAACGUGUCGACGUAAACUCAAGUCUAACCUGAAGAAGAAGUUCCAGUGUCUGUUUGAGGGGAUCGCUAAAGCAGGAAACCCAACCCUUCUGAAUCAGAUCUACACACCGCUCUACAUCACAGAGGGAGGGACUGCAGAGGUCAAUGAUGAACAUGAGGUCAGACAGAUUGAAACAGCAUCCAGGAAACCAGACAGACCAGAAACAACAAUCAGACAAGAAGACAUCUUUAAAGGCUCACCUGGAAGAGAUGAACCAAUCAGAACAGUGAUGACAAAGGGAGUGGCUGGCAUUGGGAAAACAGUCUUAACACAGAAGUUCACUCUGGACUGGGCUGAAGACAAAGCCAACCAGGACAUACACUUCACAUUUCCAUUCACUUUCAGAGAGCUGAAUGUGGUGAAAGAGAAAAAGUACAGCUUGGUGGAACUUGUUCAUCACUUCUUUACUGAAACCAAAGAAGCAGGAAUCUGCAGGUUUGAAGAGUUCCAGGUUGUGUUCAUCUUUGACGGUCUGGAUGAGUGUCGACUUCCUCUGGACUUCCACAACACUGAGAUCCUGACUGAUGUUACAGAGUCCACCUCAGUGGAUGUGCUGCUGACAAACCUCAUCAGGGGGAAACUGCUUCCCUCUGCUCGCCUCUGGAUAACCACACGACCUGCAGCAGCCAAUCAGAUCCCUCCUGAGUGUGUCGGCAUGGUGACAGAGGUCAGAGGGUUCACUGACCCACAGAAGAAAGAGUACUUCAGGAAGAGAUUCAGAGAUGAGGAGCAGGCCAGCACCAUCAUCUCCCACAUCAAGACAUCACGAAGCCUCCACAUCAUGUGCCACAUCCCAGUCUUCUGCUGGAUCACUGCUACAGUUCUGGAGGAUGUGUUGAAAAGCAGAGAGGAAGGAGAGCUGCCCAAGACCCUGACUGAGAUGUACAUCCACUUCCUGGUGGUUCAGUCCAAAAUGAAGAACAUCAAGUAUGAUGGAGGAGCUGAGACAGAUCCACACUGGAGUCCAGAGAGCUGGAAGAUGAUUGAGUCUCUGGGAAAACUGGCUUUUGAGCAGCUGCAGAAAGGCAACCUGAUCUUCUAUGAAUCAGACCUGACAGAGUGUGGCAUCGAUAUCAGAGCAGCCUCAGUGUACUCAGGAGUGUUCACACAGGUCUUUAAAGAGGAGAGAGGGCUGUACCAGGACAAGGUGUUCUGCUUCGUCCAUCUGAGUGUUCAGGAGUUUCUGGCUGCUCUUCAUGUCCAUCUGACAUUCAUCAAGUCUGGAGUCAAUCUGCUGGCAGGAAAACAAACAACAUCACAGCGGUCUGAAGUGAUCAGAGGCAAAUCAACACGUUUCUACCAGAGUGCUGUGGACGAGGCCUUAAAGAGUCCAAGUGGACACCUGGACUUGUUCCUCCGUUUCCUCCUGGGUCUUUCACUGCAGACCACUAAGACUUUCCUACAAGGUCUGCUGACACAGACAGGAAGUAGCUCAAAGACCAAUCCAAAAGCAGUCGAGUACAUCAAAAAGAAGAUCAGUGAGAAUGUGUCUGCAGAGAGAAGCAUCAAUCUGUUCCACUGUCUGAAUGAACUGAAUGAUCGUUCUCUAGUGGAGGAGAUCCAACAGUCCCUGAGAUCAGGAAGUCUCUCCACAGAUGAACUGUCUCCUGCUCAGUGGUCAGCUCUGGUCUUCAUCUUACUGUCAUCAGAAAAAGAUCUGGACGUGUUUGACCUGAAGAAAUACUCUGCUUCAGAGGAGGCUCUUCUGAGGCUGCUGCCAGUGGUCAAAGCCUCCAACAAAGCUCUGUUGACUGACUGUAACCUCUCAGAGAGAAGCUGUGCAGCUCUGUCCUCAGUUCUCACCUCCCAGUCCUCUAGUCUGAGAGAUCUGGACCUGAGUAACAACAACCUGCAGGAUUCAGGAGUGAAGCAGCUUUCUGCUGGACUGGAGAGUCCACACUGUACACUGGAAACUCUCAGGUUGAGUGGCUGUAACCUCUCAGAGAGAAGCUGUGCAGCUCUGUCCUCAGUUCUCAGCUCCCAGUCCUCUAGUCUGAGAGAUCUGGACCUGAGUAACAACAACCUGCAGGAUUCAGGAGUGAAGCAGCUUUCUGCUGGACUGAAGAGUCGAAACUGUACACUUGAAACUCUGAGGUCACUGGAACUGGAUCCAAACUCAAUGAACAGAAACCUCAAACUGUCUGAUAACAACAGGAAGGUGACAUAUGUGAAGAAGGAUCAGUCAUAUCCUGAUCAUCCAGACAGAUUUGACUACUGGCCUCAGCUGCUGUGUAGAAAUGUUCUGACUGGUCGCUGUUACUGGGAGGUCGAGAGGAGAGGAGGAGUUUAUAUAUCAGUGAGUUACAGAAGAAUCAGAAGGAAAGGAGACAGUUAUGACUGUUUGUUUGGAGACAAUGAUCAGUCCUGGUGUCUGAUCUGCUGUGAUGAUGAUGGUUACUCUGUCUGUCACAAUAAGACAAAAACAUCCAUCUCCUCCUCCUCCUCCUCCUCCUCCUCCUCCUCCUCCUCCUCUGUCUCUAACAGAGUAGCAGUGUAUGUGGACUGUCCUGCUGGCACUCUGUCCUUCUACAGAGUCUCCUCUGACACACUGAUCCACCUCCACACCUUCAACACCACAUUCACUCAACCUCUGUAUGCUGGGUCCGAGCCCACAGAGCCCGGUUUUACAGACUCUUCUACCUGCAAUACGGUUAGCCCACCAACCCCGGUCGCCUGCUCCCCACCACCAGCGCUCUCUCCCGGCCAGCCUGACGUGGCUUUGCCCACUGAUUUAUCAGCUAUUGAGGAACCACCUUCACAGCCACAACUGAAGGAAUUUCCCUGCACAGUUAAAAAUGGAAAAUCACGGUGUUUCUCAUCCAAGUGGUAUGGAGAGUUUUCUUGGUUGGAAUACAGUGUAAAAGCGAACGCGAUUUUCUGUAAAAUGUGCAGACAUUUUGCCGGCGGAGCUGACGGCCCAUUUGUCAGAGAAGGGUUUGUAGACUGGAAACAUCUGCGUCAGGCAUGCGACAAGCACCAGAGGAGCAAACCUCACUCCCUUUCACAUGAGAAAUUUCAAAGCUACUGGGCUAAUCAAAGUUCAGGCCGGGGAAAUGUGCUAAACCAAAUGAACCGUGAUGCCAUGGACUCUUUGUUCAUUGAGAGGAAUCGAGACCAUCUAAAAGUCGUUUUGGAUAUUGUACUGUUUUGUGCCAAGCAGGACAUCUCCCUAAGAGGUCACAGGGAGGAUGCGGAUGCGCUUAAUAGAGGAAACUUCCUUGAGCUGUUCAAGUUCAUGUGCAAAUAUGACCCACAGAUCCAAAGUCGUCUGGAGCAGCUGCCCAGAAACGGAACUUUGAUGAGCCCCGAUGUUCAAAAUGAGCUGCUCGAGUCAGCUGCUUCUUUGUUGUUGCGCAAGAUCAAAGCAGAAAUACGUGAACCGGGUACCUAUUACGCCCUCAUGGCAGAUGAAUACAAGGAUGAGUCAAAACGUGAACUGUUUGUGUGA